GCGUGCGCAGGCGCCAAGGGCGGGGCCCGGAGUUAAAUGGGGCUUCUGUCUGCCGAACCUCGUGGGUUUCGCUGCUCUGUGUCUUUUUUCUAUUUGGCUUGAUCUUCACUCUAAGACGACUCUUGCUCUGUGAAGCCAAGUGACUGUUGAUGCAUAGAGCUUGAAGGAUACGUCUACAGUUUUGUUUCAAUGAAACGUGGGGAAAACAUGGAAGAAAACGGCAUAGAGUGUAAUAGUGUGGUUGAUGGUAACUUUGAAGAAGUUCCCAGAAAGAAGGUAAUUGAAUUUAAACCUCCAUUAUACAGACAGCGUUACCACUUCGUUAAAAAUUUAGUGAAUAAACAUCAACCCAAGAAGGUUGCAGACUUGGGUUGUGGUGAUACUUCACUCAUAUGGAUGUUAAAAUUCCACAGUUGCAUUGAACUGCUUGUCGGAGUAGAUAUUGAUCAAGCUACGCUGCAAUGGAGAAAGAAGACAUUGUCUCCAGUCAUGGGGGAAUAUCUAAGUCCCCGGGAUCUGGAUUUGACUAUAACCUUGUACCAUGGCUCUGCUGUGGAGAGAGACUCUCGUUUGCUUGGAUUUGACUUGAUAACAUGUAUUGAAUUAAUAGAGCACUUGGAUUCAGAAGACCUGGCCAGGUUCCCCAAAGUUGUCUUUGGGUACUUGUCCCCAGCAAUGGUUGUCAUCAGCACCCCAAACUCCGAAUUCAAUCCCCUGUUCCCAACAGUGACUUUAAGAGAUGCAGACCACAAAUUUGAGUGGACCAGAAUGCAGUUUCAGACCUGGGCUUUAGAGGUGGCCAAUCUCUACAAUUACUCUGUGGAAUUUACUGGUGUGGGGGAACCACCAGCAGGUGCUGAGGAUGUUGGCUAUUGUACCCAGAUAGGGAUCUUUCAGAAAAAUCUAGCAAAGGCCACUGAAACCUGCUUUUCAGAGCAGCAUGGUGAACACAUUUAUAAAGCUGUUUUUACAGUUUCAUACCCAAGUUUGCAACAACAAAAAUUCCGCAAACUUGUAUUGGCUAAUGAGGUGCUCCGAGAAGUCGAAAGCAUGAGACAGAGAUUUGUCCAAAGUAUGAAACUACAGGAAGAUAUGGAAACUGGUAAUCAGUCAGAAGACAUUGGCCACUCAGUGACCCACAGCACACUGCUUGGACAAGGUUACACAGAAGCCGAAAAAGCCAACAUAGAGAAGUCUCCCAAACCUUUCCGUGUCGGAGAUAGGUUCUAUGUACCCUUGGAAAGACUCCUUGCUUACCCUAAGGUGAACCGACUGUGCAGUAAUGUAGAGACUCUGCGAGUGCUCAUUGCUGACUCAGUAGCACUGAACAGGGAUGGGUCUGCAGUUAGAGCUGACCUGUGUGAUGAGCUGGAUGACUGAGCAAUCCAUAUUUGCUGCACUUCAGCAUUUUAGUAGUAGUUGAGCUCAUGCAUUUAAACUUUUUGUGUAUUCAUAAUUCAAGUAACUUUUUAUUUUGGAAUUAUUGAACCUUGGUUUUCUUUGAAUAAGCCUUCA